CUUAAACAUAUUUAUUUACAAGUGUGUGUGCGUUAAAGUGUGUUUGUAGAGCGUCUUGCGAGCUGAGCCACUGGGCGAUCGUACAAUGUUCACUCGACCCAGUGAGCUCAACUAGCAGUUCUGUUGUGAACGCUGUUGUGGUUAGUUGUGUUGCUUGUGGCACUCGCAAUAGCUCGCUAUACACAUACAUAUAGACAAGUGUAAAUUAAAUAUUUGAAAAACAUUUUAUUUUAUUUAUUUUUUGCUGGCGGUUUAAAGGUGCUACUGCUUAUUAUAAUUUUAUGCGUAUGUAUGUAUGUUUGGCAAAGUGCAGACGGUACACACACACAUACAUAUGUGACGCCAAGAAAGCAUUGCUCGCUGAGUUUGUCUCAUCAAACUUUACUUUGACGCGAUGCGUACCGGUCGGUAGCAGUUCACCGCAGUUGUCUCCGAAGAAAAGUGAAUGUUAUUGUUGUUGACGGCAAUUUUUGCAAACAAAAAUAUUUGAAUUUUUUGUUUGAAGACUAUUGUUGUUAUGUUGAGUGCUAACACGACAAGUGUUAAGUGAGCGUGUCUUUAACCGACAUUUAGUGGCCAAAAAUAAAUAUUUCAAAUAAUUGUGUAUAUAGUGCGAAUAAUUGGCAAAGGACGGUGAAAAUAAAAAACUCAAACAAAAAACAAUAAAAACUUUAAAUCGUGAAAGCUGUCUGAAAUUUUGUCAAAUAUUUACUUAACAGUUAACGACAAUCAACACAAGUUAUUCCAUUAUAUUUCGUGCGCAUUGCGGCAAAAAGUACGAGUGUGAAAAUUAUCUUCGAAAACAGGUAAAUAAACAAAACAAAGUAAGCGAGCAAUGAAGUAAAGUAGAGCAGAAAUUUAAAAGAAAAAAAUAAUAUAUAGUGAAAUAAAAUAAAAAGUGCAAAGAAAAAAUAAAUAAAAUAAAAAGAGCAAAAGUGCUGUCUUGUGUCUUCUAAUUUAUUACGAGAAUCUCUUCAACUAAAAAUGUCUGCGCCAAUUUGGCUGAACAACAAACACGCACACACAUUUUGCUGCGCAUGCGCCACUGCAUUGCUGACACUUUUGCUACUGAUUGACGGCGCAGAGAGUUAUGGCUUCGGCAGGUGUCCGAAAUAUCCAUCAAUGCCGAAAUUUAAUAUGAGCAGGGUACUUGGUCAAUGGUAUGAAGUGGAGCGUUCCUUUUAUCUGCCCGAAAUCGCAUCUGGCUGUACGCUACUGGAAUUUCAACCACUGCAUAAGGAAAAACUCUCAAAGUUUAAUAAUUUUGAACUCGAGGUGGCGAUCAAAACGAUAAAUAGAUUAACCGGCAAUCCGUCGGUGAAUCUGGGUUAUGCCACACCUGAGAAUCGAAAAUCCUCAAUUAUGGAUUUUAAGUUCAACACCCGCUUCCCUGAUGUAAUUGCUCGACUACUGCCUGGCUCUGGUAAAUAUCAAGUGCUCUACACGGACUAUGAGAAUUUUGCGAUUCUAUGGUCUUGUGGCAGUCUCGGCUCGAUCGGUUAUUCCGAUCAAAUUUGGGUCUUUGGACGCGAUCGCGAUUUUCCUGUAGAAGUGCGUACGAAAAUCUACGACGCCUUAAAGAAAUUGGGUCUCGAUCCGGAGCGAUUAGUGUUGAGUAAAAAUAAAAAUUGUCCACAAACAUUAUAGUUAACUUUGCCAUAAAAAUUCACACAAACGAAAUUAACUACUUAUAUUUAAAUAAUAAACAAAUAUGUAUAUAA